CUUUUAGGACUGCUGGGCCUCCAGCUAAUCAACGGUAAGAAUGAGUCGGCUCACAUCGCUGACGCUGUGGCCGUCGUCGCUCAGUCUCUGCAGGAGUUAUUCGAGAAGGAGAACAUCACAGAGCCGCCCAGGGGCUGUGUGGGUAACACCAACAUCUGGAGGACCGGACCGCUCUUUAAACGGGUCCUCAUGUCCUCCAAGUACGCCGACGGUUUGACGGGACGGAUCGAGUUCAACGACGACGGAGACCGGCGUUUCGCGACCUACAGUAUCAUGAACUACCAGCAGAAGUCCGGUCGAGUUCUUCAGGUCGGAGUCUUCAACGGAUCGCAG